GAGAGAGAGCUUUUCCUUUUUCCCAUCUCUUCCCAGCUGCUGAUCGACACAGCGGCAGUUGCUGAGAAAGCGAGGAGACAGAGGUGCAGCUAUGUUUGAGGCGUGGCUGCCUGUUCUUCUGCUCCUCCCCCUGGUGACUUCUGUCCCGCCCCCUUUUGGUACCCCUCCCAGGACAUGCCGCCGCUGCUGUGACCAUCUGGAGGGCGCCCCUGCCCGAAACCAGAUGCCGGAGAUUCGCACAUACAUUAACAUGACGAUCCUCAAAGGGGAUAAGGGUGACCGUGGCGAUAAGGGGACGCCCGGGAAAGCGGGAGCAGAAGGGCCGCCAGGAUCACGGGGGCCUAUGGGUCCUAAAGGAACCAAAGGCCAAGCUGGUUCCCCGGGAGAUGCCUGCAAAACUCAGCAUGCUGCUUUCUCUGUGGGCCGAAGGAAGGCACUGCACAGUGUAGACUACUACCAGGCGCUGGUCUUCGACACGGUCUUCGUCAACCUCCACGAGCACUUCAACAUGUUCAAGGGCAAGUUCUACUGCUACGUCCCGGGCGUCUACUUCUUCAACGUCAACAUCCACACCUGGAACUUCAAGGAGACCUACAUGCACAUCAUGCACAACGACCAGGAGAAGGUGAUCCUGUACGCCCAGCCCAGCGAGCGCAGCAUCAUGCAGAGCCAGAGCAUCAUGCUGUCCCUGGAGCAGAACGACGAGGUGUGGGUGCGCCUGUACAAGCGCGAGCGGGAGAACGCCGUGUACAGUGACGACGUGGACGUCUACAUCACCUUCAAUGGCUACAUCAUCAAGCCCAGUCUGGAAUGAACCCCUAGACCAAGGGUGUUAAACUCAAAGCCCUGGAGGGCCACAGUGUCUGCAGGUAUGAGCAGUCAGUCAAGGCUUUGAGAACUAGGUGCAUGGACUCUUUAGCCAAUCAAUGACUUAAAUUAAUCACUGGUUGGUGAAACAUAACUGUAAAACUCCAGGACUGCUGUGGACUCCAGGACAGGAGUUUGUCACUACUGCAAUAGACCAUUAUGAAAAUUAGGGGGGUGAGGGGGUGGCGGCAUACUCUAACUUUGUUCCCUCAACUUGAAAACUGCCUGAAUCUUCGUACUGGCCUCAGGGAAACACAUUAUCUCCCCUCAGUUACCUUAUAUUAAAGUUGGAUUCAAAUAGAGUAAAUUCCCUGUGUAAGACAGCGUUGUUGUGGAGGCAAAUGAAAACCUCUGCCUGCAGCCACCAGGUUCAUUGGCCCCUGCUCACAUUUCAGACAGAAGUGAUGACUUCUGGCGGCCAUCUUGUUGCCUGGCCUUCCAGUGCUGGCCAAACACAACGGACGUGCGGGUCUCUGUACAUCUCAGUGAUUUCUUGACAGACCGACUGGUUGGUUGGCUGCUCCUGCGGGUGAAAGACUUGAUACAGGAAUGCACAGGGCAUGCUGUUCAAAGUGUCUUAUGAGAUCAAAGGAUUACGCUUGGCUUGCCUGUAGUUUCUCAGGACGUAACAUGCUCAGAACAUCGUAUAGCUCGGCGUGGCUCUCUGUCUCGUCUCGAUGCUGUUACAGUUGUGAGGUCACGCAUCGGACGAGUGGUUUUUACUGCCUAGCCAAAUUCUGCAAACACCUACGGCAGGAAAAAAUCAGGCCUCUGAUGCUCAUAAACGAUCGAAUGAUUAAUACCAAAAGAAACAUUUGAGACUUCUCCAUUUGCUCAAAUCGGUUGUGAAGCCUCUCUUCCAGCUUGAUGCAUAGUUUUGGAGUGGUUUGCGCCAGGAGACGCACUUCAGGCAGUCAGGGAGUAGUACAUCAGGAGAGAAAGGAGGAAAAUGAAUGCAGUAAAUCUCUGUGGACGCUGCAUUUUUUAAGCCUGCUCCUACGUGGCACUCCAGCAUCACAGCGUUUCGACUCAAUCACGCGAGAAUGAGCUUUUGCCUGAAUCCAGUCCAACCACAGAGGAAUCUGCCCUUCAUUUGCAGUUACGAUUUUGAUAAAAUCAAGGUAUAAUGAAAGAUCUUAAUAGGUGCUCAGGUUUAUGAGAAAGUUAGGAAAAUGGAAUAUAAUGCUAGAUAUUAAGGCUAUAAGUAUGUUUAUGUUUAUAUCACUGCCAUAAGUGUGCAAUUAUCACUACACCCCUAUGCGAUAUUAAGUGGAAAAGCUAGAAAGUGGUUACAUGUCUGAACCUAAGCUUUAUUACUAGCCUCAGGCCUAAAUCUGCCUCACCAAGAAAAUUCUGUUUCAAGUUCUGUGAAUACAAAGCUGACUGACAGGAGUGGAGUCCACUACACAGCUGAACACAGCACAGUUAAACUCUGCACAGCUGAACACAGCACAAUUCAACCCUGCACAGCACAACACAACACAGCUGAACACAGCACAAGUAAACUCUGCACAGCUGAACACAGCACAAUUCAACCCUGCACAGCACAGCACAAACUCUGCACAACUGAACACAGCACAAUUCAACCCUGCACAGCACAGCACAAUUAAACUCUGCACAGCUGAACACAGCACAAGUAAACUCUGGACAGCUGAACACAACACAAGUAAACUCUGCACAGCUGAACACAACACAAUGAAACUCUGCACAGCUGAACACAACACAAGUAAACUCUGUAUAGCUGAACACAGAACAAUGAAACUUGCACAGCUGAACUCAACACAAUGAAACCCUGCACAGCUGAACACAGCGCAAUUCAACUCUGCACAGCUGAACACAACACAAGACAAGACACACAUCUGAACUGAGAUGUAGCACAAAGGUUCGAGGGUUCUGUCUUCCUUGAUGGGCACAGUGUGGUGUAUGGUGUGUGUCUGGGUUGUGUCUUCUUGGAUGGGCACAGUGUUGUGUAGGUUGUGUGUCUGUGUUGUGUGUGGAGCUCGUGCCAUGUCAUUGCAGUUUACAGAGACACAAUGGAGCUGGUAGUUGCCUGUGUUACAGUGUGAUUUGACACAGGACAGAGAGUGCGAGAGAAUUAGAAAAAACAUCUUCAAAAUGCAUUGCAAUAUACAAGCUAUUCCUAUUCAGAGACAAUAAAUAUGUAUCUAAAUAUGUGUCAUCCUGCCAUACCCAGAGGGACAGUGAGUAUAUAUGAUAUCCACACCUAUAUACACCUAUUUACAGUAUAUAAUCUUUAUUUAUAUGCUACUUUUAUGUUACUUUUGUGUUUGCAAACUUGUUUGUUCUGCUUUGGCAACACAGUUUCAUUUUUCAUGCCAAUAAAACUCAUUUUGAAUUUGAGAGAUAAGGGUAGUGACAGGUUUGACAGGUAAAGCUGAGCUGUCAGUAGUGUGUGUGUGUGUAUGUGUGUGUGUGUGUGCGGACUCUGUAAGAUCAGGGUCAAGUUCAUAUGCAAAGGCCUCUUAUCUGUUGUUUUAUUCAUGCCAGAAACCCAGCUCCAGCAGAGACAAGGAUCUCUUACUGUCUGGCUGGGAACUGGAGCUCCAAAAUGCCUCCUUAGUCGUUGCAUGGUCUUAAAAGAGCUCCAAUUACAGCUUUUCAGCCACUGCGAAAUACUUACCCACUCUGGCCAUCUGUAGAAGGGACACAAACAGGACCAGCAAAGGCAGUGCAGCAGCCUAUUGAUAUGCCUGGUUUAAAUGUGUGUCUCUGAAUGUGUAAUUCACGGUUUAGCUCUUUGCGUGUCGGAACAAUUUAGCUCUGCUUGCUGUUUUUUUUCCUCCAAAGCAAACGACUAAACCCAAAAAAAUCCUAUUUCAAAAUACUGUGGUGAUUUUCAGUCAUGUCAGAUUCACAAAAUGCCAUCCCUGCAUGGGUAUGCUCGUCCUACUGUGCAUGCUUACAUACAGGCCCCAGGUUGAGAACCCUGCAUUUACUGUACUUAGCAUUCGAAAAAGGAGAACAAAUCAUGGAGCUAUAUUUCAUAUUUCAGUCAUGACUCUGUGAUUAAUAAAAAUACUAAUAAUCA